AUGGAUUGGCUUUUCGGCAAGAAAAUCUCUCCAGAUGAGAUGCUACGCAAGAAUCAGCGUGCCCUAAACAAGGCCAUGCGUGAUUUGGACCGUGAGCGCAUGAAAAUGGACCAGCAGGAGAAAAAAAUCAUAGCAGACAUUAAGAAAAUGGCCAAGGAGGGUCAAAUGGAUGCGGUCAAGAUCAUGGCCAAAGAUUUAGUGCGCACGCGUCGCUACUCUAAGAAAUUUAUGCUCAUGAAGGCGAACAUACAGGCGGUUUCGCUUAAGAUUCAAACGCUUAAAUCUCAAAACACAAUGGCACAAGCCAUGAAAGGUGUUACCAAGGCAAUGCAGAAUAUGAACAGACAGCUGAAUCUCCCGCAAAUACAAAAGAUUCUGCAAGACUUUGAGAAGCAGUCCGAAAUGAUGGACAUGAAGGAAGAGAUGAUCAAUGACGCUAUUGAUGAUGCCAUGGAAGAUGAGGGCGAUGAGGAGGAAACUGAUGCUGUUGUCUCGCAGGUGCUUGACGAGCUGGGCUUACAGCUGGGCGAGCAGUUGGGAGAUUUGCCUUCAGCAUCCGGCUCGCUGUCUAUUGCAGGCGGCGCAGGUGCACAAAAAACAGCCGCUGCCGUUGCCGCUGGCGGUGCAGGCAACGGACCAGCAACCACUUCAGGUGGCGGAAACACUGGUGGUAGCGGCGGCUCUACGCCCAUGUCCGAUGCGGAUGCAGACUUGCAAGCGCGUCUGGAUAAGCUGCGCAAGGAUUAAAUUAUUUCACGCUUCCAGUUGCCGUCGUUCUAUCGUUUUUAAGAGCAAAUGCUAUGUUAUAUGUACUUUGAUAUGCCCCGUAUUACCUGCCCGAAGAAAAAAAAAUCGAUUUA